AUGACAUUUGGUUCAAUUCAGCAGAAGUUCAAGGUGCUAGAGCAUUCAUGUUUGAUUUACUUCGAUAUGGGUCAUAAAAAUCCGAAAAUAGUCUAUAAAAUGAAUGACUACUUAAUAUAUAGAAAACUUCCAGAUAAAACAGUGUGGCUUUGUGCACAUUACCACAGGAAAGAUAGAUGCAAAGCCAAAGUGGUUACUAAGGGAAAAGACGCAUUGGUUCAAGGAAAUCACAACCACUUGCCAACUUACAAGCAAAAAUUUCAGAAACACAUGGUUUCGCAGCUGGUUAAUGUCCAUUUCGAGGAACUUUAA